GAAGACAGCCUCGGGAGUCCGGUUCACCUCGCGCGUGCCAUGCGCUAGCGAUCGAUCGGAGCUAUGGCCUUCAAGAUGGCCAUCGCCGGCAAAGGCCGGGGCAAAGGCCGCGGGGCCGGCCUGGCCGCGUUCGAGGAUGAGCCCAGCCCAAAGAAGCGGCUGCUGAAGCUGGAGAAGAGCCCACCCAGAAAUGGAAAUGGCGCUGAGCCGGAGCCUAGCAAAGCGGAGGCCAAGGAGCCAUCAGCUUCAGAACCGCAGUUGGACGCCCUGGACGCCUUCAUGGAGAAGAUCGACGCCAAGGCGGCGGAGCCCGGCGACGACGACGCCUUCGCCAAGAAGGCAAUGGCUUCCUGGGAUGACAUGCCGGCUGAAGACCCGGUGGCCUCAUACUGCGAGCUUUGCGAUCAGAACGCCAGCAAGGGCGACGAGGAUGAGGAGGACGAGGAAAAUCAGGACCGGCGCCGCAAGCCCAUCGAGCCACUGCCCCGGGUCAACCAUGAGGAGAUCGAGUAUUUGGAGGUGGAGUUCGGGUUUUACAAGCCUCACCCUGAGAUCGAGCUGCUCUCUGACGAGGAAAUUGCGUCCCUGCGGAAGGAGAUGCGCGUGGCAGCCACCGGCUCUCAUUGCCCCCGGCCGGUGGUGUCCUUCGCACACCUACGGCUGCCCAAGGAGCUUUUGGAGGGCAUCCGCAAGAACGGGUACUCCAAGCCCACGCCCAUCCAAUCCCAGGCCUGCCCUGCCGGGCUGAGCGGCCGCGACGUCAUCGGCAUCGCAGAAACGGGCUCGGGCAAGACUGUGGCGUACUUGCUGCCGAUGCUGGUGCACUGCGCCGCGCAGCCGGAGCUCAAGAAGGACGAGGGGCCCAUUGGCCUGGCCUUGUGCCCCACCCGAGAGCUGGCAGUGCAAAUCGAGAAGGAGGUCUACAAGUUCAACAAGCUUCUGGGUCUACGAAGCACCACCUUCGCGGGAGGCCUCUCCAAGUAUCAGCAAUUCCGAGCCAUCAAAGGCGGCAGCGAGAUCGUGAUCGCAACUCCAGGACGCCUCAUUGACAUUGUGAAGAUGAAGGGCUGCAACUUGCAGCGCUGCACCUUUCUGGUCUUGGACGAAGCGGACCGCAUGCUGCAGAUGGGCUUCGAGGACCAGAUCCGCUCCGUUCUGCAGAACGUGCGGCCGAAGCGACAGGCCCUGCUGUUCUCCGCCACCAUGCCUCCACGUAUCGAGCGCCUGGCUGCGGACUUCCUGAACCAGCCCGUGAGGAUCACGGUGGGAACAGCAGGCCAAGCUGCCGCCAACGUGAAGCAGCACGUGGAGGUCUUCGACACAGAAGAAGAGAAGUUCCCCUGGCUGAAGACGCGGGUGGCGGCGAUGCUUUCGAAGGGUCAAGUGGUGGUCUUCGCCAAGUCCAAGCAGGCGGCUCAGGAUCUUCAGAAGAAGUUCGCGGACGUGCAGAGAGAUGCCGCGGUCUUGCAUGGAGAUCUGGAGCAGGACGAGCGCAUGCGGGUCAUCGACGGGUUCCGGAAACUGCGUCAGAACCUUCUGAUCGCCACCGACGUGGCCGCCAGAGGGCUGGACAUCACCACCAUCAGCACCGUGGUCUCCUUCGAUGUUGCCCGCGACAUCGAGACACACACUCACCGAGUUGGCCGGACCGGGCGAGCCGGUGCGGCUGGGGAAGCCUUCGCGCUGCUUAGCACGGAGGCGAAGAAGGGGAAGGGCGAGGCGAACCCCAAGCGCAUGGCCGCGUUGCUGGUGGAGCACUUGGAGGAUGUGGCGCAGAAGCCCAGCGCCAAGUUGCUGGCGGUGGCCAUGGACUUCCAUCCCUUCAAGGCGGCCCGCGCGGCCGGCCUGCGCUUGGAGGACGUGGCUGUGGAGAAGGGCAAGGGCAAAGGCAAAGCCAAGAAGGGCAAAGCCAAAGAGGACACCGAGGGCGAGCGGGAUCGCUCGCGCUCGCGGCCGCCUGAGUGAGCCGGCUUUGGGGUCC